AUGACCCCGUCCGGCUCCGUUGUGAAAUUGUUGGGUGUCAAGGCCGCAAUUCCGGACCAACGACUCGCCGUUAUACACGCAAGUCGUACGACAACACGUUCCUUCCAAUCGGUCCGGCUGCGGAUACAUUCCUCGGUCCCUUUCUUUGUCGAGGGGCGCGCCUGCUUCACCACCGAUCGCGCCGCAAUUUUUUGCAACCCCAGAAUCAUCAUGUCCAGCGGGGUUGGAUUCAUUUCCGACACGGACCGCAGCGUCCUGGAGUGCUGCUGUCGGGUCGAUGGCGCGACUUCGAUUGCCAUCAAAAAGGCCGCACAGCUCUCCUCGUUUAUCGGCUGUUCGUGCGUGCGGCAAAAAGUCGUGAAUCGCCCCGCUAGGGACAUUCCACGCUCCCACGUUGACGGCGCCCACGUCUGUCGAGCCUACUCGUUCGCUCUCCUCAUAUAG